CCAAGAAUCGAGGACUUGCUGCUGCCAGCGUCCCGCCGCCGCAGCCCCCUGCCCUGGCUCCAGGCAUCCCAGCCAUGGCCCGUGUGCUCUUACUCAGUCUGGGCCUCUUUGCCAUCCUCCUGCCGGCGCUGGCCGCCUGCCCCCAGAACUGCCACUGCCAUGGCGACCUGCAGCAUGUCAUCUGUGACAAGGUGGGACUGCAGAAGAUCCCCAAGGUGUCAGAGUCAACCAAAUUGCUCAACCUCCAGCGCAACAACUUCCCAGUGCUGGCUGCCAACUCUUUUCGGACCAUGCCGAACCUGGUGUCGCUGCACUUGCAACAUUGCAACAUCCGUGAGGUGGCCGCUGGUGCCUUCCGCGGCCUGAAGCAGCUCAUCUAUCUGUACCUGUCCCACAAUGACAUCCGAGUGCUGCGAGCUGGAGCCUUUGAUGACCUGACUGAGCUUACUUACCUCUAUCUAGACCACAACAAGGUGUCCGAGCUGCCCCGGGGGCUGCUCUCCCCUCUGGUCAACCUCUUCAUCUUGCAGCUCAACAACAACAAAAUCCGAGAGCUGCGCGCCGGAGCCUUCCAGGGUGCCAAGGACCUGCGCUGGCUCUACCUGUCAGAAAAUGCCCUCAGUUCCCUGCAGCCUGGUGCCCUGGAUGAUGUGGAGAACCUCGCCAAGUUUCACCUGGACAAGAACCAGCUGUCUAGCUACCCUUCCGCUGCCCUGAGCAAACUUCGGGUGGUGGAGGAGCUGAAGCUGUCCCACAACCCUCUGAAGAGCAUCCCAGACAACGCCUUCCAGUCCUUCGGCAGAUACCUGGAGACUCUCUGGCUAGACAACACCAACCUGGAGAAGUUCUCAGAUGCUGCCUUCCUGGGUGUGACCACACUGAAACAUGUCCAUCUGGAGAACAAUCGCCUGAACCAAUUGCCCUCCACCUUCCCCUUUGACAACCUGGAGACCCUCACUCUCACCAACAACCCAUGGAGAUGCACCUGCCAGCUCCGUGGCCUUCGGCGGUGGUUGGAAGCCAAGACUUCUCGACCAGAUGCUACCUGCUCCUCACCAGCCAAGGUCAAGGGUCAGCGUAUUCGUGAUACAGAUGCCCUCCGGAGCUGCAAAUCCCCAACCAAGAGGUCCAAGAAAGCUGGCCGCCAUUAAACAGGUCCUGUCACAACCAGUCCUGGUGCCUGCCUUCUGCUGGAGAGACUACUGACGCCCCCCCACCAUCCACACUUCUCCCACAGCCUCUGCCAAUACACAGAGCUGCCCGCACCUAGACACAUCCUGGCAGGGGGCAUUGGACACCCAGUGGGGUCCAAGCAGGGGGGGGGCACAGAGCCUCUCCCCAGCCACUGUGCCUGGGCCCUGCCAUGGCUCCUCUCAGAGAAGCUACUGCAGAAUUCUCUACCCUGAGUCCAUCAAAGCCAAAAUGCAGUGGCCACUAGCAUGACCACAGCCCUGUGACCACACUCCUCAGUUCCCUCCUUCCCUGCCAUUUGGAAACAAACACCAGGCCCUGGUCCCGCCCUUAUUGCCAGAAAGGAUUUGAAGCCCAUCCCCCCAGUCCCCGCCUGCCAGGAUGUGCUAACGGGGUACCCAUCCCCCAGUCCCCGCCUGCCAUGAUGUGCUAACGGGCACCGGUGCCUGGCUGCACAUCCCCCUGAUGCAUCUCUGCCCCAGGUUUCUCUAAACAUAAAUUUAUGUGUGUAUAACAUUCA